AUGGUGUUAGAUGCAAAUAUUCUAAAAGAAAAAUUAAUUGAAGCUUGGAAAUUACGUUCUAAUGAAACAAGUUUUUCAGCUUCACUUGGACCAUUAAUUGCAGAAUGUCGGUCUGAAGAAGAGUUUCGUUCAUUAUUCACUUCACAAAUUCUCGCACAUAUUGAUUCAGCAAUAUCUUCUAAUCUUCUUCAGUCCUAUUUUAAAUUUCAUGCAAGAUCUGGCUAUAUAAAUGAAUCAUUAGUUAUUGAACGUCUUCUGUCUUUAACACCAUUAUCAUCAUCAGUAACAACAGAUGAUGUUCAAAUUAAAUUUUUACUCGAAUUGCUAUUUGAAAUUCUUAAAUCAAUGAAUAUUACAGCUGAACAAGCACCUCGCCUUGGUAAACAAUUAAAUUUACUUGCUAAAUGGCUUUGUUCAGCACUAUGUAUUUAUUCAAACCAAUUAAAUAUAAAUGAACAAAUGAAUACAAAGGAAAAAGAGAUGCUUGUAUUAAUUUCAAAUUUAUUUCUUUUAUUAUUUACAAAUACAACUUAUUAUUGUCUUUGGUUAAUGAUAAUUAAAGCACAAAAAGAACAAAAUGAAUGGAAACAAUUACAAGAACGCUUAGAACUUAUUUCAAAAAGCAUACCAAAUGGAGAAAAUAGUAGACCAGAUGUUUAUGAACAAAUUCUUUUUAAAAUAACUCGUCUUCAUUUAUCUGAAGAAUUUCAUCAAGAAGAUAUUGAAUUUAAUGUAUCAAUUUUCAAUCCUAUUGUUUCAAUGCUUGUUAUUAAUAAACUUCAUAAAUCAUCAUCAGUUCUUCUAUUAAUUCUUCGUUUCUAUGAACACGUAUCAACAACAUCAAAUCCAUCGCUAAUAUAUCUUCGUCUACUUCAAGCAUCAUUUGGUGGUUAUCUUUCAUCAAUAUCAACAAAUAAUAGUGAAUAUCAACAACGUUGGUCAGCAUACAUACAUUUUCAAUUACCAAGAAUUUUAGCAUCAUGUCUUGAAACACAGUUUGAUAUAAUCAAACAAUCCAUUGAAACAUUUUUAUUGCAUAACGAAUAUUUACUCAAUCGUAUGGAUGAAUUAUGUUUAGAGAAUGUUUUCGAAAAAUUUUUUCAAACAACAUUAAGCUAUACUAAAAUCGAUGUAAAAGAAAAAAAUGACAAUAAAAUUAAUCAACUAAUUUUUUAUAUACAACAAAUUCGUCUACCAUAUAUACAACAGAUUCAACGAUAUUAUCAAAAUCAUCAAAUAAAUUCUUAUCCAUUUCAAGUUCUUCAAUUACAACGUUCAUUAGAAAAAUCUCUACAAAAAUGUUUCUCAACACCAAAUGAUAGUGAAAAUCUACAAAAUUUAAUCAAUAGUUUAACUGAUUAUAUUCCAUUAAUAUGUGCACUUGAUCAAUAUUAUGAUUUUGUUCAUUUACUUUUAUCUUAUACGCAAACACAAUUUGAUCUUGCUUUAUACGUACUUUGUUAUAUAACAUCGAUCACAGAUGAUACAUCAGAAGAUUUUGGUCAAAUAAAUAUUAGUUUUGAUAAGACAUCAUCAUCGUAUGUUGUUUAUGUGUGGCUAAAAAAAUAUUGGUUAUCACGUCAUUUUGGUCAUGCUUUAUUUGCGUCAUCACUUCAUUCAAUGGAUUUCCUCUCAACAAUUAACGGUUCACUUGAUGAUGAUGCAUCAUCAACAGCAAAAGAAGAAUUUCUAUUGGAUAUUAAAAAUUUUAAUAGUGAAAAUAUACAAACAAAAUAUUCAAACAUUGAAUAUUUAUCAAAAACAAUUUAUUUUCUUGGAGAACUUCAAUCAUUAUCAUUAACGGAAACAAAAGAUAUGGUUUCUCAAUUAAUUAAAUAUUUAACUCAUGUUUCGUAUGGAUCACUUUUACAUGUACUUCUUUGGCUCGUAGCAAAUUAUCAAAUAGCUAAUGAUGAUGAAAAAUCAUGGAUUCAAGAUACUAUUCAUACGAUGGGUUCUACAGGCGAUUCCAAUUCAACAAUAGUCUCAUUACUCGAUGCUAUUAAGCGUCAAUUAUGGUCAGAUUAUAUCGAUAAUCCGUUAGUCUCGUAUUAUUCUAUCGGAUCAGGUUUUUCCACUAUAGUCAAUAAUCUAUCCUUAACAUCCUCACAAACAUCUACAUCAAUAAUUCAAACAUUAUUUGAAACAUACAUUACUAAUGAAUUUCUUAAUUGUGAACAAUCCCGUGCAUUAUAUAUUUGUUCAAAAUAUGUUCCAAUAGAUUCCUUAGUUGUACGUCUAUUAACCAAUAUAAACACAUCAAAUGGAAUAUAUGAAACGGGUCGUGCACUUUAUUUUAUAUUAGGCUUAAUUCUAUUUCGACGACGUUCAUCAACACGUUGUUUAUUAAAACAAGUUUUACCUUAUCUAUUUAAUGUAAAAUCAAAUGAAUUUAUGCUUGAACCAAAUGUUUAUACAACAUGUUUCAUUUUGAAUAUUCUACUUGCACUUGAACUCAAUCAAUAUGACAAUCAAUUACAAGAUUCAUUUCGUGUUAAAUCAUGGAAGGAAAUGUAUUCCAUGGAUGAUGUUAUACCGAAAUAUGACGAUACAAGUGUUAUUGAUGCUUAUUAUACUCUAUUAAAUUCUUCCUCGGAAGAAUUAUUUUCAAGUGAAACACUUCGACCAGUUAAUUAUUUUCUUGGUUGGUUUCAAACGAUUCUCUGGAUGUUUAGUCGUACAGUGAAAUCAUUAAAACCAUUCGUCAAACCAAAACUUGUUGCUCAAUUAUCGGAAUAUUUACCAUUGCAAUUUCCUAUUGAAAAAGCUCUCAGUAUAUUAGAAUUAUCUGAUAAUAUUGAAAUUGAAUAUGCUACAAUGGUUAUAACACGUGAUUAUACUCGUUUAAAAACAUUAAGCCGAAGAACAACACGAACACUUGUACAUAAUCAGCAAUUAACUAUUAAUGAUAAUACUUUAACAAUAACAUCGACGAACAUAUCAAAGAAUGUAUUUUCAAUACCAAAAAAUCUUUAG